UGGGUGUGUGUGUGGGUGUGUGUGUGUGUGUGUGUGUGUGUCAGGACCUUCUGCAACAGUCCACAGAGCCUCUGUCCUUCAUCGUCUUCAUCCCGGAGUGGCGUGACCCCGUGACCCCUGCUCUGACCCGCAUGGAAGGAAGUCGCUUUCUUCGUCACCAGCUCAGUGUCCCAGCUUAUGAACAUGAGUAUCGCUCUGGGAGUCAGCACAUCUGUAAGAGGGAAGAGAUGUACUACAAAGCGGUCCAUGGUACUGCAGUCCUCUUCCUUCAGAAUGAUGCUGGUUUCACCAAGUGGUCCCCAACUCCAGAGCGCCUGGCCGAGCUGACGGCGGCAUAUCGGCCCACCUCCGCUCGUCCCUCGUCCGUGUCCUCAGCCGGCCCUGCUCAUGCUGCUGCGGGAGACUCCACCUCCAAAGUAGCUGAGAGGACACAGAGUGGUGUGGCAUCACCUGGUGGCCAUGACAACAAGAAGAAUGGCAGCAGCACCAGCAGCAGUCCCGUGGACAAGAUGAGCUCUGCGUAGAGCGGACAGACGUCUGUGUAAAAAUAAUCUGUAAAGACUUUGUCCCUGCAGCUCUUCACAGCAGAUAGAAUGCUUCAUGUCUCACCUUUGUCCCUCAGCAGCACCUGUAGCACUGCCUCCAGUUAAAUCAGCCGUUCUUAUUGGUCACUUCCUGGCUGGGAGCAUUGCUAACAUCUGAUUGGUCUGCAGACUGAGGAGGCAUGGUGACAAGGCAGCUAUAGUUUCUAUUGGACUUUUUUUUGUUUUUUUAUGGGUUUUUUUCUUCUUCUUUUCAUUUAGACUGCCUGUUUCAGGCUCCGCCUCCUUAAAAAGAUUUAACCUGAACUUGCUCCUCCCCACAUGUGAUGAUUGACAGCCUGAGAACUCAUGAUGUUGGGACAUUGUUGUGGUCAUGGAGGUGCGUGGAGCAGGAAAUAUUCCUCAUCGUAAUUUGGCUGAGUCAUGUUUGUCUUCAUGAACUUUGACCUCAUUUUAACAAGUCACCUGACAAAUGCUGAAAGUUUUAUAUGUUGGGUGUUUAUAACGGCAAGCACUAUUCCACCUUCCUCCAUGUUGCGUCACGCGGCUGGUCUGAGGCUGGUUGGCUGCUGACUGGCUGCUGUCAGUGUGUAGAUGAUGUACAGUGUCACAGAUUUAAAAGUUUCUCUUUAAUUUAAGGCUCUUUUGUUACUGACAGUUUUGAACUAAACCAAAGUGUGAUGAAGAAAAUUCUGCGUCCGUAAAGCUGACAAUAAAAACCCUCCAUCUUAUUUU